UCUUUGACCGCAAAAAAUCGAGGGAAAGACGUCUAUGGUUUUCUCUUCCGCUUGGCUGUAGUCGACUGCUUACGCCUCAACUGUAGGUAGGCGGCGAUGUCCUCGUUUUUCACGAGUUCUCGUUACCUAAAGGGAUGACUAUUAUGGCAACGAAUUUGCCACUACCGUUCAGAAGAAGCCUUUACGGUUCUCAUUUUGGGAGGGCAAGCAUUAGUUUCGACACCAAGGCUGAUGGUUCCAGUAUCGAAUAGUGAAAGAGCAGAGAGACUUUGGUACUCGAUGAUUGAUAUACCUAUCCUGCUUCGGCCGAUCUCAACAGCCAUUACGAGAGCUAUCCCAUGCAUGCUGGGCCGAGUACCUAAAGUAGGUUGAGCAAAAAGCUAUCAUCUUUGAGAAUCGAGGUGAAGAAGGCUGGUAGAAGACGAAGACCCGAAAAAUUCGACGGUUGCAAACAGUAGUUCUCGAUGAAGAAGUCAAGCAGAGUUUAGUACAUGACAUGCAAGACUUUCUCAGCUUGGGAACUCACCCCCGUUAUCUGGAAGGAGAUAUACCAUACCGCCGGGGUUAUCUGCUCCAUGGACCCCCUGGAACGGGCAAGACAAGUGCUGUGCUGGCACUCGCAAGCCACUUCGGCCUCGAUGUGUACAAAUUGAAUCUCGCCGGCAGUGUGGAUGAUAAGAAGCAUUCUCACUUUGUUCAAGCGAGUACACCCGUCUUUCUAUAGCAUAUCUUUUACUGCAUGCUCACGUCUAGUGUUCAAAUAAUGUUAUAUAGAUGAAUUAGAAUGAAAGGUCAUGAGGCUUAACCGAUUCCGAUGCAUUCAACCACAUAUAAGUCAUCUAUCGUAAUGAGCGAGGCUAUUGGUUUAUCGUCCCGUCACCAUCCGGACGUCUUCAUUACAAGAUUAAACACGGGUCGAUAGAGCCGUGGGCACACGCUAUUGCUACUGGUAUUUCUGACUCCUCCGUUAAAGAAUCGAGAAGGUUGCUGAACAGGCUAAGCGUC